GCGCGUCCGAAUGACUGCGAAGAAGAAAAUAAAGUUGCUUGUUGCUGUAACAUAAUGCCGAAGCUAGUAGAUCUGCAGUGAUCACGCAAGGAAGAGAUCAGGGGCAGACAUAGCCUCGAGAUCGCCCGAUCGUGCAACCUGCCAGAUCUGGCUUUCAUGCGAAAGAAUGCGCUUCCCGGUGGCUGCAGAGCAAGUCCUCGUCUUUGAUGCAAUCUUCACCAGACACAACCACCAACAGCACCGACACAGAUGGCACACCACCCAAGCCAAGCAUCCACCUCACUAUCCCUCCGCGGCUGUUCAUCCUCCCGGGCUCAGCACUCCUUCUCGGCGCGAUGAUCGGCCUACGACGCGGUGCCCGCACUGCCGCACUGCAGUUCCUCGCCGAGAACGUGCACCGGCCGCCGACGACAGUGCGCGGGUGGUAUUUCUACAACAAGACAAAGAACUACCGGGUGUUGAUGGCGGGAAUGAAAGAAUCGGGAAAGGAGGCCGCGCGGCUGGGAGCGACGGCGGGCGUGUGGGUCGCACUCGAGGAGGGGUGCGAACGCGUUGACGGGCUAGCGAAAGAGGCACAAGAGGUCAUCGCGGCGAUGGGGACCGCGAGCGUGUUCUCCGUCGUGUGUAAGUUCUCCGUAUCGCAUUUGUCGAAGGCUUGGGCUUGGGCUCGAGGCUGGGUAUCGAUGCUCACCUCGGUGGCUUUGGUCGCUGCUAUCGAUUCUGAUUACCCAUUCUUCAAAUUUGCCCCCGCUAUCUCUCGCUUCCAUAUUCCGUACCUCGUCCCCCGUUUAUUAGACGCUCGGCUCUACGUGUAACGCUGUGCUGACCGGACUGGACAGACCGACUGCCAUGGAAGACGGCGCAACGGGCGUUGGGGCUGGGGCUGGUGAUUGGGGCGGUGCUCCGCGGACUGCGGUGGGGGAGAGACAACCUGGCGGAGCAGGCGGCGGCUGUGGCGGAACGGCGGGAUGGGAGGGGGUGAGUCGAGCUGAGGCUAGACCGCGUAUGGGUAGACGAUGGCGAAAAGCAUUUUCGUGGGCUGAAUAUGAUUGAGGGUGCAAAAUGAGUCAAGGAGGGCACACGAGGAGCAUCAAAAGAACAGUGGAAGUACUUGGAACAAUUGCGUAGUGGGGGGCAGCGCGCGGAUGGCCAGUGGAGACUUGCUCGAGCCGACCGCAGCCGACCGGCUCUCAGCCCAAUACUCUGCACAUCCAACUCCCUUGCCAUCUGUAACAACACCACCACCUCCACCACCGUCUUCUGCAUCUUCCUCGCUCUCC